GUAAUCCCAGCUACUCGGGAGGCUGAGGCAGGAGAAUCACUUGAACCCGGGAGGUGGAGGUUGUGGUGAGCCGAGAUCACGCCACUGCACUCCAGCCUGGGCAACAGAAUGAGAGUCCACCUCAAAACAACAAACCUGCCCAGGCGCUGGUGCAGAGGAAGCAUCCCCUCAAUUAGAGCUUUAAAACUAAGGAUCUCUGGAGGCAGGGGCUGGGGAAAGGAGAGAAGGGGAUGUUGAUAAGAGGCGAGGUCAUUAGGAGCGUUCUGCACUCCCCUCUCUUCAGUUAUCAAUAAACAUGAUAACCCACAUAUGAAUGUUUACUAGGUACCGACAUCACAAUAAGUACAGAAAUUAUCUGGUGUCACUGCUUCCGUGUCACCACUGCAACAUCCAGCCCAGCUGAGGGUUUCAUGUUGUCGCAGAGCAGGAAACUCGGCCUCAGAAUGGUCGUCUUGUCUUGCUUGAGGUCUCAAGGCUGGUCAAGGGCGUGGCUGCCAGGCCUCCAAUGCCAGAGCUCAGGACCGCCUGGGUCCAGGACAGCUUUGGUGUUGAGUGAGAGCUGAGCUCUAUCCUGUGGCCCUUUUCCCCAGUGGCUAGGAGGUAACUUACUCCACGGGUGGCUUCUCCCCCUGAGCAGGUUCCUCAUGAGAGUGCUGGACUCCUAUGGGGAUGACUACCGGGCCAGCCAGUUCACCAUUGUGCUAGAGGAUGAGGGCAGCCAGGGCACGGAUGCUCCCACCCCAGGCAAUGCUGAGAAUGAGCCUCCAGAGAAAGAGGCACUGUCCCCGCCCAGAAGGACUCCUGCACCCCCAGAACCUGGCAGCCCAGCGCCCGGCGAGGGGCCCAGCGGGCGGAAGAGGCGGCGAGUGCCACGGGAUGGACGCCGAGCAGGAACUGCGCUGACUCCAGAGCUGGCUUCGGUGCAGGUGAGGAAGUGGGGGGACUCAAGGGGAGGGACUGAGGCCCCAGAGCUGGCUCCGGUGCAGGUGAGGAGGGGGGAACUCAAGGGGAGGGGCCAGGGCCAGGGCUGGGGCCCAGUCAGGUUCAGGGCUCUGGGGUUUUGGUUCUGCACCCUGAGGGGCCCAGGGCUGGGGAAAGUUGGAGAAAGGAGGUGAACCAGGAUGUGUUGGAGGCCUAGGAUCAGGCAGGGAAGUAGUUGGAAAAAGUGGGGCAAAGGCUUGGGUGAAAAGGAGGCAAAGUUGGAAAGGGAAGGAGGAAGACCUGGAGAAGGAAAAAUAGCUAGACAAGGCUAGGAGUAGAGGAGAAGGCAGGAUCAGAGGAGAUGGGGUGGAAGGGAAGGCCCAGUGCGGGGAGGGAAGCUGGAAGAACAUCUGGACCCAGGAACACUGGGAUUGCUCUGAGGUGUGAGGAGGAAGGUGACUGGUCUGGGAAGACAAGAACAGUGAGGCUGGCCGGGCGCAGUGGCCCAUGUCUGUAAUCCCAGCACUUUGGGAGGCCUACAUGGGGGAUCACUUGAUGCCAAGAGUUUGAGACCAGCCUGAGCAACAUACUGUGACUCCCAUCUCUACCAAAAAGAAAAAAACGUUAGGCAUGAUUGGCAUGUGCCUGUAGUCCCAGCUGCUUGGGAAGCUGAGGUGGGAGGAUCACUUGAGCCUGGGAGGCAGAGGCUGCAGUGAACUGUGAUGGCACCACUGCACUCCAGACCCUGUCUCUUUAAAAAUCAAAACAAAAUAAAAACAAAAAUGGUGAAGCUGAUGGGAUUUUCUGGAUUCUCAGGCCUAUUAACACCUUGUUCUUUAUCUCCUGCAGAUUAAGGUCGAGGAAGACUUUGGCUUUGAAGCAGAUGAGGCCCUGGAUUCCAGCUGGGUUUCUCGGGGCCCAGACAAACUGCUGCCCUACCCAACUCUGGCCAGCCCAGCCUCUGACUGACCCGUGCCCAGUAAACUGAGCCCACACUCACCCUGGCCACCGUCUACUUGUUCCCACCUCUGAUCACACACAUGCCCACGCUCUGGGGUUGGUUU